AGACUUUAAUUUAAUUAAAAUAUGUUUCUGAAAUUUUGAUCAUAAUUUAGAAAUACCGAACAUUUUCCCUCAGAUAUAAAUAUAUACUAUAAAGAACUAGUCCUCCACUAAAGAUGCCACUUCAUUGAUUUCGCCUUUUUACUCUCUCAAUUUCUUCUUUUCUAAUUUUUCAAAUAUUUAACCAAUACUUGAGUUAAAAAAAAAAAAAAAAAAAACUAUAGCUUAUCGCGAAAAAAAAAAACAUUAAAAGAUGUAUAGAUCAUCGAGCGCUACUCGUGUUUCAGAUGAUUAUAAUUUUACGAGUUAUUAUUCAUCGUCUUCUAAUUCAUCGUCCUCGUUAACAAAGGUGUCUCCGGCGCUACGAGCAUUAUCUUUAGAAGCUAGUGAAUUAUUACCAAUACAUGAACCACUCUCUAAUAUUUCAAAAAAGGAAAAAUCUCGUGCAAAAUUUGCUGAAAAUGCUGUUCAUAUAAUACCUUUUGUGUUAUUAUUGUGUGGAUUUAUCCUAUGGUUUUUGUCUAAUCCAGAUAUUGAUACACCAAUAUUGAAAGGGGAAGGAAUUGCUACAAGAAUAGAAGGAUUGACUAUAGAGGGAGAUCUCGAUCCUCCUGAUGGAACGCAUGUUACCAAUUUACCCCUAGAAUCGAGGGAUGUCGAUUUGAUAAAACAAGGGCAAAGUCGUCAAAAAUCAUAUACCGGAAAAUGAUUUUAUUUUAUUUUCACUUGUAUUUACACUCUUUUUUUUGGGGGGAUAAUUUGAUACUAAGUUCUUGAAUAUCACUCCAAAUAUGGAAGUUUCAUUUUGUAUAUGUAUUGAUUGUCUUUGGAAAAAGUUCAAAUUUAUAUGGUGGAUCAAUGAAGAGAUAUCCGUUAGUAUCAA